AUGCAACAGGGUCACCUUAUGGGCGCUCCUGGACCCGGCCAUCCCAUGCAGCAAGGCAUGAUGCAUCAGGGUGUAUCUGGUCCGGCUGGCCAUGUCAGUCAAGCCGGCCCUAUGAUGGGCAUGCAGUCGGGCGCCCCCAAUGCGCAUGCGCUAUCGCAUCUACAGCCCCAGCAGGCGCAUAUGUUUCAGCAGCAGCAGCAACAACAACAACAACAACAACAACAACAACAACAGCAGCAGCAACAGCAGCAUCCAGGAAUGAUGAACCCGCAAAUGAACCCAGCUCUCGUGGCGCAACAUAACGCACAGCGAGCAGCUAUGCUGCAGCGGCAACACCAACAGGCGAUGCUCCAGAACCACCAAAACGGGAUGGGUAUGGGCUUUCCCCAGCAAAUGACCCCACAGACAAUGGCCGCGAUGGCAGGCAACAUGGGAGCGGGAGGACCUAUAGUCAACCUUCCGCCGCAUCUUCGUCAACAGUUCCAACAACAGCAGGCCAUGUCUCAGCAAGCAGCGCAGCAACAUGCAACGAGCAAUCCGCAGCAAGCUGCUGCAAUAGCUCAAGCACACGCAGCGCAAAUCAAUCAACAGGCUGCUCAGGCCCAAGCACAAGCUGCUGCACAAGCUCAUCAAGCGCAGCAGCAACAGAUGCAACAAGCACAACAACAGCAGGCCAUAGCUAUGCAACACGCUCAGUCGCAACAAAGUAACCACAGCCAGUCCGGCUCCCAGGCUGGACCAGCCACUUCACAAGGUCCACAGCAAGGACCAUUGCGCCCGCCAUCCGCAAUGAGCCACCAGGGACAAGCAUCCCCUGCUCCACAACCCACACCGCAGCAGCAACCUCAGCCAGCGCCGCAGCCACGUCAACAUACACCCGCACCGAACCAGACCCCCAACAUGCCGAACCAACCUAAUCCACAGCAGCCAACUCCGGCCCAAAUACAGCAGCGACAACAGGCUCAAGGCAUGCAACAAGCAGGCAUGCAACAAGCACAAGUCAAUCCCGCAGCCGCGCAGGCGCAAGCUAAUGUCGCACGGAUGGCUAUGAUGAGACAGUCUCAGAACCAGCAGAAUCAGAAUCAGAAUCAGAAUCAGAAUAAUCAGGCCGGCCCAGGGAUAUUGAAACUGAUGAAUUUUGCCAAUGAGCUGGGAAAAUACAAUGCUUCUCGCGCAGAUCAACUGAACCAACUCUCGACAUGGCAGGCUUUCGUAGGAAAGUUCUUUUCGGAGACUGGAGCCUUCCUCCACGUUGCCUAUCAUAAAGGCAACGACCGGACGAAAAUGUUCGAGGUUGUCUACGCAGCAUUGCCUCGCUAUUUCCUGUCACAAUUCAGUACCGAUGUCGAGAAUCUGCAAGUCACGAUCGAUGGUGCCCUCGAGCAUAAUGUUGGGACUGAAACUAAAGUCGAAUGCGAUCGAGCGAAGUUCAUCUACACAUACAAGAACCAGUGUCAGGUCAUUUGUCAUGGCAGACUCACAGCUUUCUGGACCGGUGGCAACAACAAGAUGGAGUGGUUGCAGUUCGAAAUGCAAGGGCAUCAACAAAUGAUACCCCGCGAGCUGUUGGAGACACUUUUCCAACAAGAAGAGAUCAAUCCUCUGAACGCCCAGCAAUCGCCACGCAUGAGCAAGAAGAACCAGAAGAAUGCACAACAGCGCCAACCACAGGAGGCCACGAUGCCCAUAUCAAAGCUCCCUACUGCGGGUAUGACAGAUUGGGGGUUACCGCCUGGGCUAUUCCACUAUCUUGAGAUCUACGAAACCAUGAACAACAUGACAAGCUUGAUGACCCACUACCACGAGAAUCCCAACCUUACACCUGCGGCUGCCAUGGAGAACUGGACUCGCGAGAUGUCUGCUGGAAAUCCCAUGGCGCAACAGAACGCUGGACGAAUGCAGGGCGCAAUGCCUCCGGGCCAGGGUAUGCAGCAACCACCGCAAGGUAUGCCUGCAGGUUCACGGACGCCUUCUGGCAUGGGUCAGCCGGGUUUACCGCCAAACCAGUUCAUGUCACCGGCGAUGCCAAACGGCCUUCUCCCAAACGGACACAUGAGUUCACCUAGUCUCAUGCAGCAGAAUCACACCCCGUCACCCGCAUCACAUGCCAUGGCCCACCAGCAAAGCCAGAGCUCGAACACAGCCAGUGUCAACACUUCUCCAAACGUCAACAACAAGCGACGGCGAAGUACAGCGAAGAUAGACAUUGACGACGGCGGUGGCGACGCAAACGGCGCCCCAAAGGUCAAGCCGAGUCCCAGAAUAGGAGGCAACAAGAGAGUGAAGGGCAACAAUUAG